GACGUCGAUGGAAGUGGGAUGGCCUUAUGUGAGAGAGAGAGAAGGAAAGAGAAUAACGUCCUGAAGAAAGGAGACUCAGUGAAUGAGCGUUUGGAAAGCUGGGCUGCCCCGGGAAAAGAACCAGCGUUUCAAAAACAAAGAACAGCGUCUUCACUCUGCGCCUGCAUAUUCACCACACUUCCUGCGUGCCUUUCAGAUGGUACCAUGGCUGAGGGAAGCUGCUUUGGUGCGUUGUAGCUGUUUGGGAUGACCAGAACCGGGCCUUGCGUUAAAAAAAGAAGAGGGGAAAGCAAAGAAGAAAGAAUUGUGAGAGGAGGGGAAACAUCUGCUCAGAGAGGAUAAGAUCAGCCGCCCAUGUGGAUCUGAACCUAUUUGACCUUUCUCUUUGUAAGGCAAGGAAUUUCAACUCCCCAAUAUCAGUGCUCUGUCACUUGGAGGAGCUUUAAAGGGCUUCAAUCAUUUUUAUUUAAUUUUUUUUAUCAGUCAUUAUUACCAUUUCAGAAAGACUUAACGCCAUGUGCCAUGUUAUUGUAACAUGCCGCUCCAUGCUCUGGACGCUGCUCAGUAUUGUAGUGGCCUUUGCUGAGCUCAUUGCCUUCAUGAGCCCCGAUUGGUUGCUGGGAUUCCCUCAGUCGGACUCCACUGCGAGCGGGGCGGGAGUGGACUCCGGGGAGUACCGGCCGUCUCUCGGCCUCUACAGCCGCUGCCUUCGUAUCGGGACCCGGGGAAUAGGGGUGAGCUGUGGGCCUUACGCCGGGACAUUUGGAGAAGUGGCCAGUGGCUUCUGGCAGGCCGCCAUGUUGUUUCUGGCAGCAGGGACGUUAGUACUAGGAGGAGUGGCCUGUAUCUCCGUCUUCAGCCUGUGCUUCCAGAGCAUCCUGAAGAAGAGCAUAUUCAACAUCUGUGGACUGCUCCAGGCUAUCGCAGGCCUGUUGCUGAUGGUGGGUCUCAUGCUGUACCCUGCUGGUUGGGGUUCAGAGAAGGUGAUCAGCUACUGCGGUCCAGAGGCCUCGCCCUUUAAGCCGGAUCUGUGUUCGCUCGGCUGGGCGUUCUACGCAGCGAUAGGAGGAACGCUGGCAACCUUCCUGUGUGCUGUUUUGUCCGCACAGGCUGAGAUCGCCACCUCCAGCGAUAAGGUUCAGGAGGAGAUUGAGGAAGGGAAGAGUCUGAUUUGCCUGCUUUGAGCUUUCAGAAGCCUUGGGAAACUCCAGGAAAUCUGUACCUGUACAUCUCAGUGGAGGGAGGACAGACAUCUCUCUGAGUGAUUUUCUUCAUGAUAGCCUGGAUAAAAUCAGCUGAUUGUUGAAAAGAUAGAAGCCUUGGUAACAGUGUUUUAAAUCGUUCGUCGCGUUGUUCUUUUCUGUACCUUGCUGAAGCCUACCUGAUGAUACCAAGACGAAGGAAGAAAAUGUAUUAUUCCCUUCUACAGCUUCAGGUUAAACUGCCAGAAAGACUCUGGUACAGCAGCAGGCUAAGGAACAUUAUGUGUACACUUAUUCAGUGUUUUUGACCAAGAUACUGUUUAUUUCUGUAAUAAUUGCCUGAAACAAACCACUGUACUGAAAAAGCAGGAGAUUAGUUAAAGAAAUUGGUAGUGGAUAUGCCGUUAGUGUUAUUGUGGACAGGUUAAACACUGUCAGCAAAACAGUGUGUAGGUUUGUAUCAUCAUUAUAAUGUUCACCUGCAAACCUCAACAAACCACUGAAUACUAGCAGAUGUGUCUGCUAAAACACCCAACAACAGCUUGCAAAUGGUGUGUGUGUGUGUGUGUGUGUGUAUUAUAGACAUUAACUUUUGAGGUUUCAAAAUGUCCAUAUGCUCUGAUUCUGUGGCACAGCAGGACAGUAAGACUCUCUUGCUAACUUUAGAUUUACCACUUAAGGGAUUGCUCACUUUAAAAGGAGUUCCUCCUGUUAAUUGCUGGUCUAUUGCAGCUUAUUAAUGUGUGUGCAGAGAAGGAACAGAGACUUUGCCAUAUGUUUCACUGUGGUGAGUUUUCAUGAGGGGAUGUUUGCUCAGCGAGAUAAAGCAGGCAGCACCAUAGCUUAUCAUGAAUUACCUUAUGGCACACCAUACAGAAAAGAUCUGGCUUUGUAAAGACACAAAAAAGUGGGUAAAAACUGAAAAAGCUGUUGUUGAGGCUUUGCUAGUCUAAUGCAAAAACUCCCAAUGGGUCAUCAGUGUUGCCAUUUCAGUGUUCUGAAAAGCUGAUUAAGGCAGACUUCUUUGUUUGGCACUUUUGGAUUCCUAAAGAUCACCUGAUAUUGUGUUUUGCACUUGCUCCUUAAUUCAUUUCACAUUGCUACACAUUUUGUUCACUUGUUUUCAUUUUUUCCAGCAAUGCUAUAUUAAGUAGCUGUAAAUGUCAUUGCUUCUAUUCAUUGCAGAUGAGGUGUGCAAUAAUUCAACUAUAGUGUGUUUGCUGUGAGAGUGAGUGGACUGAGAGGAUGAGACUGAAGAGUGAAAUCACAGCAUGGAUCUGUAUCCAAAGCAUUUCUAGUCUGUCUGUGCUUAAAUUAAUGUUCACUGUCUGCUGUUUUUGUUACAUUAACAAAAGAGUAACAGCAUAUGUGGCACAUUGUAUGAUGCUGUAUGUAUGAGAGGUUGAUAUGUGUGAGGAAAGAUGCAGUCUGUACUUUGUACUCAAAUAAACCAGGCCUUCUUUAGUAAAAGUUA